UACAAUUCUAUGAUUCUAUACUCCUUAGUGACAUUCUAGGACCACCUGUGCACCUGAGCCCAGUCACAAAACUGCUUUAUAUCUUUCAACUUCUAGGUGUUGGAUUUUACAGCAAUGAUGGAAGCAAACCUGGAAGCAAAUGAGGAAGGAAUAGGAAAAAGGCCCCGUAGUUCCCCGCAGUGGCCUGUCAGUAGCGCAGCCCUAUGUUGGGAAGCUACCCCAAGGAUUUUGGACCUCUCACAACCGCGAAGCCUGCCCUCAUCCUUCACCUUUCCAAAAGAGCCUGAAACGCGUGUUAGUAGGUCUGCAAUGCAUGCUUCGGCAUCCGAAAGAAUCAUGUGCAUUUCUCGACCAGUACAGAAGAGAGAUACCAGUAACUUGUACUAUGACAGCAGAUACAAAGAGGCUCCGAUCCGACACGUAACCCCGGCUGCCUUGAAUUAUGUGGCAAGUCCGAGGAUAUUAGAGCUUGCGAGAGCAAAAGUGCUCGCUCCGGGGAGUUCUCCUGCCCGUCCCGCUGAGUGGCCUGUCUCAGCGGCGGCAAAGCACGCUGUGGCUUCUCCUAGACUUGGUGAACUUGCUCAGCCUGUCGCAAGGGCCGCAACCCAAAUUGUCCAGUUUAACCCAGAUGCCUUUGUUGUGAAGGAGAACGCUAAAAGGGCAUACUGCUCAGCAAGAGUCAAGGAGCUAUCGCAGCCAAAACAGUACUGAGCUAAUUCAUCAAAUGUACCUACCUCUCUCUAACCCCCAGGACCUAAUUUUAAAUAAAUUAGGAG